GCUUGUGUAAGGCGGGAGCGAGCGAAAUUCAAGCGUGGCUUUACUGCGAAUCCAUUUCCCUUGAUCAUGGAGGCUUCUCAAGGUUCAGCGGAAGUGGAGGCUUUGAGCCCACAGCUGGCUGCGAGUUAUCUGAGAUAUGUGCAAGAAGCCAAAGAAGCAGCUAAGAAUGGAGAUCUGGAAGAAGCAUUGAAACUUUUCAAUUUGGCAAAGGACAUUUUUCCCACCAAAAAGGUGAUCAGCAGAAUCCAAAAACUCCAGGAAGCUUUGGAGCAGUUGGCAGCAGAAGACGACGACGAUGAGUUCACAGAUGUGUGUAACUCUGGCUUGCUGCUUUAUCGAGAGCUGUAUGAGAAACUCUUUGAGCACCAGAAGGAAGGCAUCGCCUUUCUCUAUAGCCUCUAUAAGGAUGGAAGAAAAGGGGGCAUCUUAGCAGAUGAUAUGGGACUGGGAAAGACUGUUCAGAUCAUUGCUUUCCUGUCUGGUAUGUUUGAUGCUUCACUUGUGAAUCAUGUGCUGUUGAUCAUGCCAACCAAUCUCAUUAAUACCUGGGUCAAAGAGUUUGCCAAGUGGACUCCAGGAAUGAGAGUCAAAACCUUUCAUGGCUCCAGCAAGGGUGAGCGUACUAGAAGCCUGACACGGAUUCAACAAAGGAAUGGCGUCAUUAUCACUACCUACCAAAUGCUAAUCAAUAACUGGCAGCAGCUUGGAAGCUGUAAUGGACAAGCAUUUGUAUGGGACUAUGUCAUCCUUGAUGAAGCCCAUAAGAUCAAAAGUGCCUCUACCAAGUCAGCAAUAUGUGCUCGUGCUGUUCCUGCGAGUAAUCGCCUCCUCCUCACAGGAACACCAAUCCAGAAUAAUUUGCAAGAGCUCUGGUCCCUAUUUGAUUUUGCUUGCCAGGGCUCCUUGUUGGGAACAUUAAAAACUUUUAAAAUGGAGUAUGAAAAUCCUAUUAUUAGAGCAAGAGAGAAGGAUGCUACCCCUGGGGAAAAAGCCUUGGGACUUAAGAUAUCUGAAAACUUAAUGGAAAUCAUAAAACCCUAUUUUCUCAGGAGGACCAAAGAAGAAGUGCAGACGAAAAAGGCAGACAACCCAGAGGCCAGACUUAGUGAAAAGAAUCCAGGUGUUGAAGCCAUUUGUGAGAUGCCUUCCCUUACCAGGAAAAAUGAUUUCAUUGUUUGGAUACGUCUUGUGCCUUUACAAGAGGAGAUUUAUAGGAAAUUCGUGUCUUUAGAUCACAUCAAGGAGUUACUAAUGGAGACACGCUCACCUCUGGCUGAGCUGAGCGUCUUAAAGAAACUCUGUGACCACCCUAGGCUGCUGUCUGCACGAGCCUGUCAUUUGCUGAACCUAGAGGCUGCCACAUUCUGUGCUCAGGAUGACAAUGAGCAAGAAGGUGCCUCAGAUGUGCACAGCAUUGAUCACUUAACUGACAAUGCACUGAUGCAAGAGUCUGGAAAAAUGUUAUUCUUAAUGGCCCUGCUAGAAAGACUUCAAGAUGAAGGACAUCAAACUCUGGUGUUUUCUCAGUCAAGACAAAUUCUCAACAUCAUUGAGCGCCUCUUAAAGAAUAAGCACUUUAAGACAUUGCGAAUUGAUGGCACAAUUACUCAUCUCUGGGAACGAGAAAAAAGAAUUCAGUUAUUCCAGCAAAAUAAAGACUACUCUGUUUUUCUACUUACCACUCAAGUAGGUGGUGUUGGCCUAACGUUAACUGCAGCAACUAGAGUGGUCAUUUUUGACCCUAGCUGGAACCCUGCAACUGAUGCUCAAGCUGUGGAUAGAGUUUACCGAAUUGGACAAAAAGAGAAUGUUGUGGUUUAUCGGCUAAUCACUUGUGGGACUGUAGAGGAAAAAAUAUAUAGAAGACAGGUUUUCAAAGACUCACUAAUCAGACAAACUACUGGGGAUAAGAAGAAUCCAUUCCGCUAUUUUAGCAAACAAGAGUUAAGAGAGCUCUUCACAGUUGGGGAUCUGCAGAACUCUGCAACCCAGAUGCAGCUUCAAUCUCUGCAUGCUGCUCAGCGGAGAUCUGAUGAGAAACUAGAUGAGCAUAUUGCCUAUCUACACUCGCUGGGCAUAGCAGGAAUCUCAGACCAUGAUUUGAUGUUCACCCGUGACCUGUCUGUUAAAGAAGAACUUGCCAUGCUAGAAGACUCUCUAUACAUUCAACAGAGAGUGCAGAAAGCUCAAUUCCUUGUUGAAUCCGAAUCUCAAAAUACAGUGGAAAGCAAAAGAACUGGAAAGGAGGAGGCCUGGCUCAAAGCACAUGCAAUUCCUUCUCAACAGAAGAAGAAAGGUCCUGAAUUGAACAAACCCCAGCCUCAACCUUCACGCAUUCUCACUAAUCCUACCCAGGUAGAGGCUCUCAGUUCUCAAAUGGCCAAUAUAAGCAUUUAUGACCAGUCUGCAGAGAGUGAGCCCCAAGAUCACUCCAAGGGACAUGAUGUUACUUUGCUGCAAGGUGAUCCGCACCACUGUGACAGUACAUUUGAUGCUGGCACUGUAGCUACUUCUCCCCAGGAGACUGGAAAUAUAGGAGGAGUUUGGACUGACUCUUCACUGGGACCUGUACAAUGUUUUGCAGCUGAAAAUGAAGCUGUGCAAAAGAAGGCAUUACAAGUGUCGCCUGGGCAAGAGUCCCUGCCAGAGAACCUUCUGGGAAGUUUUAAUUAUUUACCUAGACAAUCCAUCAAGGCUGAUCUUGGGGCAAGUUUAGAUCUCCAGGAUAGUGUGCUUUCAUCUCACGGCAGUCCCACAACAAAUGAAAAUCAAAACGUAGAGUCAGAUGUACACACGAUUGAAAUAUCUGAUGUCUUGUCAGCAUCCUCUGGUGCACCGCAGGGUGCUCCAGCAAGCGAGGCCCAGUUGGAGUUGGAAGAGAACCUUUUAGAAUCACCACCACAGUAUGCAUGUGACUUCAAUCUUCUCCUGGAAGACUCUGCAGACACUAGACAAAAUCUCUCCAGCAAGUUUUUGGAACAUGUUGAGAAAGAAAAUAGCUUGCAAAGUCCUGCAGCCAGCUCCAGGGCAGAGUCAGCCCUUAAUCUUAGUUUGGAUUCUUCUAAUAAGAGUGAUGAAGAACCAGACGUGAUUAGUGUGAAAACCAGAAGCAAAGCUAGAAGGAUCCUCUCAGACGAUGAAAAUGAAGAAGAUGCUUUUAAAGGUAUUUCCAGCACAAGUUCAUUAAGCAUCUCUCCCUUUCAGUUCUCAUCUGUGAAACAAUUUGCUUCAACUCCCCAAAAUGACACCAAUCCACCUAGAAGGUUCUUUUCACCAAAAAUCCCCGAUAAUGGGAAUACAUCCUUGAAUUCUAGGAGAUCUUUGGCUUCCAGGAGGUCUCUGAUCAAUGUGGUUUUAUACGAUGUGGAAGAUAUGGAGGAAAGGCUUGGUAACAGCAGUGAGGAGGAGAGUGCUCCAGGUCACUCGGAAGAAGAAGAGAACAGCGAUGAGGACAAGGACACAGCGUCAGCGUGCACGGAACAGGGUCCUGGGGAAGCACAGGCCUCGGGAAACAAGCCCAGCAGCUUGUCUGUGUCUGAGUCUGGUUCUCGGGCCCCAGAGAGUUCUGCCUGUGCCCCUGAGCCGUUGUCCAGUGAGCCUUUGGUUGAUCCUCCCCAGGAUCCGGCAGCAGAGGCUGCUGAUGACUACGAGACUCUUGUAGCUCGUGGCAAAGAACUGAAAGAGUGUGGGAAGAUCCAGGAGGCUCUUGACUGCCUGGUUAAAGCGCUCGACAUAAAGAGCGCGGAUCCUGAGGUCAUGCUCAUGACUUUAAGUUUGUAUAAGCAACUUAACAGUACCUGAGGACUUCAUGGCUGUUAGUAUGUCUAAAGUGAAACAAUAUAAAAGUUUUGUUCAGUAUUUCUUCUCUUGAAUAUUUCAUUUUUUCCUUUUAGGCAUAUUUUACAAACUUUUAGAAGUGUUUUUUUAUUUUUCGUUGAUACUUCCUACAGUUUUUGUGAAACUAUUGGGUUAUUUUUUACUCUGAAAAGGGCCAUCUUGUCUUGUCAGUUCAGA